CGCACUAACUCAGUUCCUCUACUUCACGACUCCUCCCUAAUCCACCCAAUGACGUACAAUAUGAUAACCAGCUUCAGAAAACACCAACGGCUCUAUUUCUGCACUUCUUCCCGCCACCCUUCGCCUCGUCCAAGCAUCUCCUCCCCCCACUUCGUAACCCAGCAGUGCAGCAACGACUUCAUCAGUAGCCUCUGCCGGCAGAAGCGCUUCCGAGAAGCCCUCCAAGCCUUCCAUUCCCUCCGUGCGCAGAAGCUCAAUUUCCAGCUCCACCCCAGCACCUACGCUCGCCUCUUCCUCGCCUGCUCCCAACUCAAAUCCCUCCAUCACGGCCGCCUCGUCCACCACCACCUCUCCGACUCCGGCGUGGCUGCCGACGUGAUCCUCCGCAACCACAUUCUAAAUAUGUACGGCAAAUGCGGGUCCUUGGAGGAAGCCCGGCAGCUGUUCGAUGCAAUGCCCGAGAGGAAUCUCGUGUCUUGGACCUCAAUGAUUUCUGGGUACUCGCAGAACCACCGGGAGUGGGAGGCGGUGGAGCUGUAUGUCGAGAUGCUCCGCUCGGGGCUAGCCCCGGAUCAGUUUGCCUUGGGAAGCGUGGUGAGAGCGUGCUCCGGUUUGUCUGAUGUCGAGCUGGGAAAGCAGCUGCAUUGCCACACAGUAAAGUCAGAUUGUGGCGCUGCUCGGAUUGUGCAGAAUGCGCUCAUCAGCAUGUACUCAAAGUCUGAAAGGAUUGAAAAUGCUUCUGUUGUGUUUGAAAGGAUGGUGGAAAAGGAUCUGAUCUCUUGGGGUUCGAUGAUUGCUGGUUUUGCUCAGCAGGGGUGUGAACUGGACGCUUUGCACCUGUUCAAGGAAAUGCUUGAUAUGGGUGUGCACAGGCCAAAUGAGUUCCUAUUUGGUAGUGCAUUUAGUGCAUGUGGUGGUAUAGUGCAGUCUGGGUUAGGAGAGCAAUUGCAUGGUCUCUCUAUUAAGUUUGGUUUGGAAAAUGACACAUUUGCUGGGUGUUCAUUGAGUGACAUGUAUGCGAGGUGUGGAAGGUUAGAUUGUGCAAAGAAAGCAUUUUACAGCAUAGAUAUGCCAGAUUUAGUCUCUUGGAAUUCAAUAAUAAAUGCUUUUUCUUGUGUAGGUCUGAUAAACGAAUCCAUAUUAUUUUUUUCUGAGUUGAGGGAUUUUGGAUUACAGCCUGAUGACAUCACUGCACGAUGCUUGCUUUGUGCAUGCACAGUCUCUGACUCUUUGCACCAAGGCCAAUUGGUGCAUUCCUGCAUUCUAAAAAUAGGUUUGGAUUUGAAUGUUGCUGUCCAGAAUGCUCUACUUAUGAUGUACUCGAAGUGUUCGGAUCUCUCUACUGCAUUGGAUCUUUUUAAUGAGAUGAAUGAUUGGGAUCUUGUUUCUUGGAACACGAUUCUUACUGCAUGUCUUCAGCACCAGCAAUCUGAAGAGGUAUUUUGGUUGUUAAAGCUAAUGAGAAGUUUAAACAGCAAGUUGGAUCAGAUAACCUUAAAUAUGAUAUUGAGUGCUUGUGCUGACUUGGGUUAUCUAGAAAUGGGAAAUCAGGUUCAUGCCUAUGCCUUGAAGGUUGGAUUGGAGGCUGAUUCCAUGGUGAGGAAUGGUCUAAUUGACACUUAUGCAAAAUGUGGAAGCUUACAUGAUGCAAGAAAAUUAUUUGACUGGAUGGGCAAUAACUGUGAUGUGUUCUCGUGGAGCAGUUUGAUUGUCGGGUAUGCUCAGUUUGGAUAUGCAAAAGAAUCUCUUGAGCUGUUUGCAUGUAUGCAAAGUCUGGGAAUUAGGCCAAAUCAUGUUACCUUUGUUGGGGUUCUUACAGCCUGUAGCCGUGUUGGAUUGGUAGAUGAAGGGUGUUAUUACUACAGUAUAAUGGAAGAUGAACAUGGCAUCGUACCAACAAGAGAGCAUUGCUCAUGUGUGGUGGAUUUACUUGCCCGUGCUGGCAGAUUGAGUGAGGCUGAAAGAUUUAUUGAUCAGAUGCCAUUUGAACCUGCUGUUGUAAUGUGGAAAACUUUGCUGGCUGCAUGCAGACUGUACAAUAAUGUCGAGAUUGGAAAGAGAGCAGCAGAAGGUAUAUUAAAGAUCGAUCCUUCAAAUUCUGCAGCUUAUGUUUUGUUAUGCAACAUUUAUGCUUCCUCAGGCCAUUGGGAUGACUUUGCAAGGCUACGGAAGUUGAUGAAAAGAAGUGGUGUGAGGAAGUCUCCUGGAAAAAGCUGGAUUAAGGUAAGGGGAGAGGUCAGUGUCUUCAUAGUAGAAGACAAGUCUCACCCAGCUUCUGAAGCUAUAUAUGUAAUGCUAGGAUUGUUGGGCUUUGAGAUGAGGGAAUCUGGCUAUGCACCAAAAGCAUCAAGAUGGCACGAAUGACCUGAAGCAUGCUAGAGUCAAUGCUUCUCACCAAAACUAUCUAUCUGCAGCAAGACUUUAAUGAAGCAGAGGCUUUUGCUUUCAGAUAUUUCAAGGAGCAGGAAUCAUCAACUGAGUUCUUCAAGAACAUGAACCUUGAUAAAUAUCACCUUUGCUCACAUUUGUUCAUGUCAUCCAUACUGCCAUUAAUAUGCUAGACUGACCACUAAGAGAACACCUGUGAAAGCGUUGAACUACUUGCUGGAUCAAUGGAUUUGAAUGCGUUUGACUUGUGCUCUUAUAUGUUUCCAAGUCUGACUUGUGCUCUAUACAUCUGGCUGUUUGGUCCUAUCAGAAGUCACCACGAAAGCAGUAUUUAUUUAUAACCAUGAUUAUCAUCAAGCAGGAGGUCACACAAAAUAUUUGCGGAAUUUUCAAGACUCAACUGGUGGAAAGAAUGUAAAUGUUCAGUACCACAGGAGAUGGUAGCUGAGAGGUUAUAUUUCUGCAUGCAGAGAAAUUGGAGUCAUAAACAAAGAAGUUUGCAGUCAGCUUGCUUCCUUCUCUUUGUACAAGAUACCAGCUCAGAUGCAUUUACUAUGUUAGUUGGUUGUUGAAGAAUUCUUGCUGUCUGUAUGAUUGCGUACAAUGAAUCUAUUGAUUGAGUAUUGUUUAAUAUAAGUUAUGAAGAUAUACAAUUAUUUGGUCAGAGAAUUUGUUUGUUUUUUGUUUGCAAACCUGAAUCUUGGGAAAACAUGUUUAUUAAACAUGAAAAUAGACAUUUACUGUCACUAGCCUUAGUCUCUACCCCCUAUGAUGGAAAACAAUUCAGGCGGGAACGGCUGUAUACAUGUUUGUAAUCAUGAUGAUCUUCUUUCUUACCAUAUAAAUUAUUGAAAAACUAAUGGGGCAGAAGAUGUGAAGCUAUGGCUGUAAAAAUUAGUUGUUUCU